CCGCGUCCUUCCCCGGCUUGUUUGGGCCUCCUCUGCCCCUGGGAGGAAUUUCCAGCCUCGGGCAGCAGCUCCGGAUUACGCAUCCCUUCUCCCCGCCUUCCUCUCCCCCUCCGCCAGCAGCGCAGGCCCCUUUCCCAGCCGCCUCCUGCCCGCCCCUUUCGCCCCAACUCCUCGGGCGACGUCUGCAAUUUCUCCUCUUCUCCUUUGCCCUCUGUCAUGGCUCUCCGCUCGCGCCCUCCUUCCUCCUCCUCCUCGCCCCGCUCCUCGGUCCCCUUCCUCCUCCUCCUCCUCUCCAUCCUCCUCUUCCUCUCCUCGCCCUCCUCCGGCCACCUGGCGCCUUACGACGCGCUCUACGCCGACGGGGUGCGCGCCUACUUCGCCCAGGACUGGCCCCGGGCGGCCGAGCUGCUGCAGCGCUGCCUGCACAGCUACUCUGGGCUGCAGGGCGCGCGCCGGGAGUGCCAGGGCGCGUGCCAGUGGCAGGCCGGCUUCUCGGCGGGGCGCCCGCCCUCGCGGCCCUGGGAGACGGGCUUCUUCGAGCGGGUGCUGCAGCGGGCCGAGUGCCUGGAGGAGUGCCUGGGGCGCCGGCUGGGCGGGCAGCCCUCCCUCCACCGGGCCAGCGCGCAGAUCCGGCAGGAUUUCGAGGAGAGGGAGCCCUACAACUACCUGCAGAUCGCCUUCUUCAAGGUGAGGGGCAGGACGGGGCCAAGAGGCGCCCGCAGCUGCUGAUGUGGCUGCCUCGCCUGCCCGCCCGCCUGCCUGCCUUUAAAAACUUGGCAAACUUUAUUUUUCACUUUCCCAAACUUGGGCUUUCCAGCUGUUUUGGGACUACAACUCCCAUCAUCCCUAGCUAGCAGGAUCAGUGGUCUGGGAUGAUGGGAAUUUAUAGAAUUAUAGAAUUGUAGAGUUGCGAUGCAGGAAUCUCUGCUAAAGCAUCCAUGGCAGAUGGCCAGCCAACCUCUGCUUGAAAACCUCCAAGGAAGGAGAGUCCACAACCACCCCGGGGGAGACCGUUCCACUAUUGAACUAUCACUGGCAGAAAGUUUUCCUGAUGUUUAGUCAGAAUCUCCUUUAUCGUAUCAUACUUUGUGGUCUUUACAUUAAGAGCAACCAUGUGUCGUCGUCUUCUAUGGGCAGAAAAAUGCCUAGUGCAGUCAAGAAACAUUCAGGCUGUGCAGAGUUACUCAGCAAAAAAAUAAAAAUGUGCAGAUGGCCAAAAGCAAUUUAAACUGGCAGGUCCUUGGCACUCAGUUCAGAAGUCCUUGUUUAUCCGUUUUUUUCUGCUGCUACGUCUACUGCCUUCCAAUUCCAUGCCUGGGCUGCCUUAGAGCAGAGUUAGCUGCUACACACAAGCAUUUCUAAAAUGGGGUUAUGGGCACAGAACUCAGGAUUCCCCCUCCCCUUGCAACAUACUUUAGAAUCACAGAAUCCUGCAAUGCAGAAACCUUUUGCCCAGUGUGGUGCUCGAACCUGCGGCCCCGAGAUGAAGAGUCUUUGUUGUUGUUGUUUAGUCGUGUCCGCCUCUUCAUGCCCCCCUGGACCAGAGUAGGCCAGGCACUCCUGUCUUCCACUGCCUCCCGCAGUUUGGUCAAACCCAUGUUGGUAGCUUCGAGAACACUGUCCACCAUCUCGUCCUCUGUCGUCCCCUUCUCCUUGUGCCCUCCAUCUUUCCCAACAUCAGGGUCUUUUCCAGGGAGUCUUCUCUUCUCAGGAGGUGGCCAAAGUCUUGGAGCCUCAGCUUCAGGAUCUGUCCUUCCAGUGAGCACUCAGGGCUGAUUUCCUUCAGAAUGGAUGCGUUUGAUCUUCUUGCUGUCCAUGGGACUCUCAAGAGUCUCCUCCAGCACCAUAAUUCAAAAGCAUCCAUUCUUCGGCGAUCAGCCUUCUUGAUGGUCCAGCUCUCACUUCCAUACAUCACUACUGGGAAAACCAUGGCUUUAACUAUAUGGACCUUUCUUAUGCUGUACCAAGUGAGUGGUGAUGGGUGCCUCGUGCCUUCAGGGCAGGCCCUGCCAUGAGCCACAGCGAGGUGAUUUCCCUUGGGAAACGGAUGCUUUCUUCUCUUCAGCUGGCAGAGCUUGGUGUGCCAAACAGCCUGCCCUUCUCUGCCUCAACUCGCCUUCUUCCCUCAGUUGCGAUGGUGGAGGAUGCUGCGCAAUCGCUAGCAUGAGAAUGCUGCUGCUGACUCUGUAGGGUUCUGCAUAUGGACCGGGCUGCAUAUGCACCUCCAGCAACAAAAUCCCUUGGCUGGCGAUGCUUGUAUCCGUGCCAGAUUUUUUUCUUUUUCUUUUCUUUUCUUUUUUAAAAAAAACUUUUAUUGAUAAAUGCAAUACUUACAAACACAAACCAGAACACUAAACAAACUUAUUGUACAUUGAUACAUACAUCUCCCAACUUAGAUUACAAAAAAGAAAACAAACAUACAAACUAAACAUACAGACAUAAAUUUUGACUUUCCUCUACCUAUAUGUGACUUCCUUUGUUUCUUUUCUUCUUUUCACUGUGUUAUCAAUAUUAUUUUUGACUAUCUCAUCCUAUACCCAUUUCUUCUUAAUUUUUUACUCUAUAAGUUUCAUUCAUUGCGUAUUGAUAUAUUAAUAGCAGAACAAUGCUUUUAGAUGUAUUCCUUCACUCAAGCCCACUCCUCUAUCAGUUUCUGGUCUGAUUUGCCUCUUGCCACUGCUGUAAGUCUUGCUGAUUCUAUAUAUUCACAAAAUUUUAUUUGCCAUUCACUUAUUGAGGGAUUUAGGGUAUCGCGGACGGUUGCUCCGCACAGGGCGCUGAGCCAAGAGGGCGCAAAAUUGAGAAGAUUCAUUUGGGGGCACCAAAUGUUGGCCUCGCUCAGGGAGCCAUGUAACCAAAGUCUGCCCCUGCUCAUAUUUUCCCCUCACAGACUCCAAUCAUUUGUAAUCUGAAAUAGGCCUUUGUCCAAAUCUUGAAGUUAUUGUGUAUUGAAGUUAUUGUGUUGACAAGAGCUUUAAAACAGGGGAAAUGGUGUUCUGCCAGGAACCAUUAUGAGAGGGGGAAGUAGUCACGGACACACAUAUACUGUGUUACAGAGGGCAAGUGUUUAUUUGACAGGGCUACCUAUGAUGAUAAUAAUAAUAAUAAUAAUAAUAAUAAUAAUAAUAAUAAUUUUAUUAUUUAUACCCCGCCCAUCUGGCUGGGUUUUCCCAGCCACUCUGGGCGGCUCCCAACAGAACAUUAAAAACAUAAUAAAACAUCAAACAUUAAAAACUUCCCUAAACAGGGCUGCCUUCAGAUGUCUUCUAAAAGUCAGAUAGUUGUUUGUUUCCGUGACAUUUGAUGGGAGGGUGUACCACAGGGUGGGUGCCAAUACCAAGAAGGCCCUCUGCCUGGUUCCUUGUAACUUGGCUUCUUGCAGUGAGGGAACUGCCAGAAGGCCCUCGGUGCUGGACCUCAGUGUCCGGGCUGGAUGAUGAGGGUGGAAACGCUCCUUCAGGUACCUACAUUUCCAUAGUCUGCAUGCUGGGUGGCUUUGUUUUUAAAGCAAAAACCCUUUUUGCUUUUAACAACAAACAAAAGCUGUUCGAUAGUGGAAUGGGCUGCCUCAAGAGGCUGGGGACUCUUCUUCACUGGAGGUUUUUAAAGCAGCGUUUGGAUGUCCAUCUGUUGGGGAAGCUUUAGCUGAGGUUCCUAAAUUGCAUGGGGUUGGGCUAGAUGACCCUCGGGGGUCCCUUCCAACUCUACAAUUCUAUGACAUCUCUUUUGACAUCUGAUAAUACUUGUUGUUGUUGUGGUUUAGUUGUUUAGUCGUGUCCGACUCUUCAUGACCCCCUGGACCAGAGCACGCCAGGCACUUCUGUCUUCCACUGCCUCCCACAGUUUGGUCAAACUCAUGCUGGUAGCUUCGAGAACACUGUCCCACCAUCUCGUCCUCUGUCGUCCUCUUCUCCUUGUGCCCUCCAUCUUUCCCAACAUCAGGGUCUUUUCUUCUCAUGAGGUGGCCAAAGUCUUGGACCCUCAGUCUUCUCUUCUCAUGAGGUGGCCAAAGUCUUGGAGCCUCAGCUUCAGGAUCUGUCCUUCCACUGAGCACUCAGGGCUGAUUUCCUUCAGAAUGGAUAGGUUUGAACUUCUUGCAGUCCAUGGGACUCUCAAGAGUCUCCUCCAGCACCAUAAUUCAAAAGCAUCAAUUCUUCGGCGAUUAGCCUUCUUUAUGGUCCAGUUCUCACUUCCAUACAUCACUACUGGGAAAACCAUAGCUUUAACUAUACGGACCUUUGUCAGCAAGGUGAUGUCUCUGCUUUUUAAGAUGCUGUCUAGGUUUGUCAUUGCUUUUCUCCCAAGAAGUAGGCGUCUUUUAAUUUCGUGAUAAUACUGUGAGGUAUAAAAAAACUGUAACAAAUGUUUUUAACUUGCACUGCUUUGUGUGUGUGUUUGUGUGCAUGCUAUUAAAUCUAAGAGCGGGCUUGUCCAUGCUCUCUGCCACUUCAGUCUGAGAAUGGUGCCCUCGUGGCCCUCAUUUUACUUCUAAAUGGUACUGUUUUGUUCCUGCAGCUAAAGAAACUCGAUGAAGCCGUUUCCUCAGCUCACACGUUCUUCGUGGCCAAUCCACAGCACCUACAGAUGCGCGAGGACAUGGAGAAAUACCGGCGCAUGGCGGGGGUGAAAGCAGAAAGCUUUCGGGAUCUUGAGGCCAUGCCACACUGGGUGAGACACUUCUGGGAAACUGGAUGUUACUUGGCAGAUUAAGGAGGGCUGCUUUGUGAACCCUACUGGGGCCUGUGGGUGGUAAAGAAUUCACAGAAUCGUAGAGUUGGAUGGGACCGCCAGGGUUAUGUAGCCCAAUCCCCUUGCAAUGCAGGAAUCUCAACUAGAUCUUAUGUAACAUAUGGCCAUCUAACCUCUACUUGAAAACCUCCCAAGGAUUGAAGGUGGGGGUGCGCCCCCCUUCCCACAGCUACCUGUGGCUCCAGAGGGGAUGGUAAGCUGAAAAUGGCGCAGAAGGAUGUCAUGGAAUUCUUCUCAAUUUGGAUCCAGAUUCCAAUGUAUAGUUAAGUAAAGGUAAAGGGACCCCUGACCAUUAGGUCCAGUCGUGACCAUUAGGUUGCGGUGCUCAUCUCACUUUAUUGGCCGAGGGAGCCGGCGUACAGCUUCCGGGUCAUGUGGCCAGCAUGACUAAGCCGCUUCUGGUGAACUAGAGCUGUGCACGGAAACGCUGUUUACCUUCCUGCCAGAGCGGUACCUAUUUAUCUACUUGCACUGGUGUGCUUUUGAACUGCUAGGUUGGCAGAAGCAGGGACCGAGCAACGGGAGCUCACCCCGUUGCAGGGAUUCGAACCGCCAACCUUCUGAUCGGCAAGUCCUAGGCUCUGUGGUUUAACCCACAGCGCCACCCGUGUCCCUUAAUAUAUAGUUAGCAGAGUAAAAACUGAAACACGUUGCAGGAUUCCCAAAAAUUAAACCAGAGGCAAUAAAUAUUUCAUCCAGCAGAGCUUUACUGCUACGGAAGGCAAAUAAGCAUAAUGGUCCAAUACAGUGGUACCUCUGGAUGCGAAACGGAUCCGUCCUGGAACCCCAUUCGCAUCCUGAGUAGAAUGUAAGACAUGUCUGUGCGUGCGCGGUUCGCGAUUUGCCGCUUCCGCUCAUGCGCGUGACAUCAUUUUGAGCGUCUGCUCAUGGGCGAGCGUCGAAACCCGGAAGUAAUGCGCUCCGUUACUUCCGGGUCACCGCAGAGCGUAACUUGAAAACGCUCAACCUGAAGCACAUUUAACCCGAGGUAUGACUGUACAUUCAGGAUUGGCACUGUCCAUAAGAAAUCCAGUUGCAGCAGACUUAAAUUAAACUUAUAAUAAGUCUAAAUCAUAACACUAUAUGCAGAACAGCACACCAGAAGGAAGAGAGAUAGAAAGAGAACGUGAACCCCAGGCUCCUCCUGGCCUAUUAUAGUCAGCAUGACCUUGACAGAAGAGAUAAGAGAACCAGUUUAAGCCAGCUGUACUCAGCUUCUCUGAAAGUAUAACCCAAACACCAUGAACCUUCUGCUUGUUUCUUUCACACAGAGAAGCUUCCAGAACCCUCUUGAAUUAAGUAGAAUAGGAGAGAUCUCUACACAUCAGAUCAAUACUUUCUGCACUAAGAAAUGCAAACUGACAAGGGAAGUGUUAAAGACCCAUUAGACAACUCUUACCAUUCCUACAUGCUGCUUUUAGGACUUAAAAGAUACAUCUAGCCAUAAACUCCCAUGCCUCAUGUGGUUUGGCCCUGAGAGCUUAGCCUCUGGUUGCAAAGGCCUGCUGCCACAGCCCCCCCCAUCAUCAUCAUCAUCAUAAAAUUUUAUUUAUAUCCCGCCCUCCCCAGCCAAAGUCGGGUUCAGAGCGGCUAACAACAGUAAAAUAAAUACAACAUUCUAAUAUUAUUUCAUUAUAAAAUUAAUUCAAAUCAGAUUAAUGGCAACUGUUGGGCUAGAGUUCUGUGAGGAUUGCCAAAGGAGGGGAUCAGACUGUGCCCUGGCCAAAGGCCUGGUGGAACAGCUCUGUCUUGCAGGCCCUGCGGAAAGAUGUCAAGUCCCGCAGGGCCCUGGUCUCUUGUGACAGAGCGUUCCACCAGAUCGGGACCACAGCCAAAAAAGCCCUGGCUCUGGCUGAGGCCAGCCUAACCUCUCUGUGGCCCGGGACCUCCAAGAUGUUUUUGUUUGAAGACCGUAAGAUCCUCCGUGGGACAUACCAGGAGAAGCAGUCCCAUAGGUAUGAGGGUCCUAGAGUCACAACCUGGGCUGUCCUGGGGGACUGAUGGGUUUGUGACCUGCAGGUGGCCUACGAAGCUGGAAUUCAACAUUACAAGGCGGAUGACUACCAGCAGGCGGUGACAAAGCUGGAGGAAUCGCUCAAAGAAGGGCUGCUGGCGCUGGAGGACUGCAGGGCCCUUUGCGAAGGGCCUCAGGAGGAUGAGGAAAAGGCGGAGGAGACACAGCUUGGCCUCUACGAAGCCAUUGCAGGUAGAAGCAGCAAAAGUCUGAGGGAGCGCUGAACGUGAAGAGCUGGAGAGAGCUUGUGGUUUGAGGCGGCCUUCCUCUUGAAGCAAGCACACAUGCUUACUCCUCUGUAGACUCUAAUAAUAAUAAUAGUAAUAAUAAUAAUAAUAAUAUUUAUUCCCCACCCAUCUGGCUGGCAUGUUCUCCAGAUGCUUAACGAAUAUCAAAUGCUUGCCUAACAGUCACAAAAAGUGGGUGAGGGUUUAAAUAGAUGUGGUGGGGAGAGCCAUUAAUGAAAUUUCCUUUGUUCUUUUAAGAGCAGUUAGAGGGGUAUUUGGGUUGGGAUCUGGCAAUAGAAAGAGAAGGUUUAUCCACUUCCCAGCGAUGUUUUCCCAAUUGAAAUGUCCUCCCCAUCACAAGCAUCUAUUUCACCUCAUGGGAGAAAAGGGGCAGGUGUGUUUUCAUUUAGGUUGCUUGACUGCACUGUGGUGAAACAAAAAAAUGUUGGGGAAUUUUGAAUAUUGGCAGUAUUCCUCCCCUCCCCCCCCCCGAAGCGCAUGACUUCUGGGGGCAUUAAAGGUAAAGGUACCCCUGCCCGUACGGGCCAGUCGUGUCUGACUCUAGGGUUGUGCGCCCAUCUCACUUAAGAGGCCGAGGGCCAGCGCUGUCCGGAGACACUUCCGGGUCACGUGGCCAGCAUGACUAAGCUGCUUCUGGUGAACCAGAGCAGCGCACGGAAACGCCGUUUACCUUCCCGCUAGAAAGCGGUACCUAUUUAUCUACUUGCACUUGGGAGUGCUUUCGAACUGCUAGGUGGGCAGCAGCUGGGACCUAAAGACGGGAGCUCACCCCCCCGCGGGGAUUCGAACCGCCGACCAUGCGAUCGGCAAGCCCUAGGCACUGAGGUUUUACCCACAGCGCCACCCGCGUCCCUCUGGGGGCAUUACCUUGAGAGAAAAGGUAUUCCCUAGGUAGAAGAAACAUCCCAUAGCCCUUAAAGAAGCACCUUCUGCUUUUCAAGUGCUGCUCUAAUAAUAAUAAUAAUAAUAAUAAUAAUAAUAAUAAUAAUAAAUUAUUUGUACCCCGCCCAUCUGGCUGGGUUUCCCCAGCCACUCUGGGCGGCUUCCAACAAAGAUUAAAAAUACAUUAAAAUGCCACACAUUAAAAACUUCCCUGAACAAGGAAAAGAGGAAGGGGGUCCCCGCAAAAGGCAGGUCAGGUCAUCGUGGAGAGUUAGCCAUCUGGUUUCCAGGAUACAGGCCUUGAAAUCCGAAACACAGGUGAAGGCUGUGGGUUUCUUUAGGGUAUUGUAACCCUCCUGGCAAACAGAAGGGGAAGAAAUGCAGGCAGUGAGAGAUUUUACUUUCUUGGGCUCCAUGAUCACUGCAGAUGGUGACAGCAGCCACGAAAUUAAAAGACGCCUGCUUCUUGGGAGAAAAGCGAUGACAAACCUAGACAGCAUCUUAAAAAGCAGAGACAUCACCUUGCCAACAAAGGUCCGUAUAGUUAAAGCCAUGGUUUUCCCAGUCGUGAUGUAUGGAAGUGAGAGCUGGACCAUAAAGAAGGCUGAUCGCCGAAGAAUUGACAGUCCAGCUGUUACUCUGGGGGCAUGUAUUCUCUAUUUCUAUUUCUCAUUCUCUUUCUGCCUUCUUCCAGCUCACUACAUCCAGGUCCUAAAGUGCAGGCAGAAGUGUGUUCUUGACAUUGCCACCAAGCCUGGGAGGGUGUCUUCCACAGAAGACUUCAUCCCGUCUCAUUUUGAUUUGCUGCAGUUUGCCUAUGAAAGAAGUAAGCCGGGGAUGCUGUGCUGAGUGGGAAUGUGCCCAGGACAAGAGUGGGGUGGAGCAUGGAUGGAAUGGUAGUCGGAGCCAUUGUAACUUGAGUCCAUCUUCUCGUUUUCAGCUGGGAAUUGGGCCCUCGCCGCUGAAUGUGCAGCUACCUAUUUGCAGUUCUAUCCAUCAGACGGGGCGUUGCUGGAGAAACUGAAGCAAUACCAAGCAGAGCUGGGAGAUGUGCCCAUUGCAGCCAGAGAGGUACCAGUAAACAUUUCUUCCAUCUGGAAGCAAGCACCACAUCAAUGAGAACAAAAUAUUUUGCACACUGGGCAUAAUCCAGAGAGAGUUAAGGAUUCCCAACUCUCUCAUGAAAAUCACUCAAGUGACCCUAAGGCACAUGGGACAGAUAGCUGUGCAGAUUUACGGUCAGAGUUUGUUGUUGUUGUUUUUAAGCAAAAAAGCGGGAGCCAUUUUGUAGUACUUUUUUUAAAUGCCUGGUUUUAAUAUCUUUAUUUCUUUCACAGAAUAUCCGCCACUAUGUGGAGAGGUCUCUUAUGGAGAAGAAACUAAUUUACUAUGCAGUGGAGCACCUUGGGGAAACUUUUAAUGACCCUGUAAGUAGCUGCAGUCUGCUUUUUCAUCUAUGGACGUGUACCUGACAAAUUAAUAUAUGGAGGGGACCAUUCCCCCCCCCCCCACUUCCUGCCUUGGUGCCUGAAAUAAGUGAUGAGCAGGAAGCAAGGUAUGGAUAUAAAAGAUACUUCAAGAUGGCUGCUUCCAGUUGAGCACAGUGAGUUCCCAAAGCCAGGAGGGUGAGGACUGUUUAAAUAAAGGAAUCGACUGCUUACCUCCCUGACACAAAGUACACCUUUGGUCAGGCUUCUCACUUGAUGUGGCUCCAAAAAGAUCCCUGUGGUUCGCUGAUUUUCAAAGAAUGUGGCGCGCCACACUGGUUUAGCCCGAAGGAUGGCAAGUGUAGCCAGAAUAUUCAAGGACAAUCAAAUAAACAUUGAAACAUUAGUGUAGUGUAAUAUAAUAAUAAUAAUAAUAAUAAUAAUAAUAAUAAUAAUAAUAAUAAUUCAUUAUUUAUACCCCGCCCACUCUGGGUGGCUUCCAACCUAAUAUUAAAAACAAUACAGUGUCAGACAUUAAAAACUUCCCUAAACAGGGCUGUCUUCAGAUGUCUUCUAAAAGUCUGGUAGUUAUUAUUCUCUUUGACAUCUGGUAGGAGGGCGUUCCACAGGGUGGGUGCCACUACCAAGAAGGCCCUCUGCCUGGUUCCCUGUAACCUCACCUCGCAGCGAGGAAACUGCCAGAAGGUCCUCCUCAGUUUCCGGGCUGGAUAAUGGGGGUGGAGACUCUCCUUCAGGUAUACAGGACUGAGGCCUGUAUAGUAUAAUAUAGUAUAGCAUAGCAUAGCAUAGUAAAGUAAUUGUUUUGGAUAUACAAACAGAAACAGUAUCCCCGCCUCUGUUCAAGAGCAUUGGCUAUACUACUGUUCUCCACGAUAUAUUGUUGCGAACAGGGAUUUUCAACACUGACAAAUCUGACACAUCAGAAAAGAGUAAGGCUUCUUUGCACUGAUGAGGAGAUGAAAGUUUGUUUGUUUCAAAGUAAACACCAUAUAAACAAAAUUACCUGGCAAAAGCAAGCUCACACGUCUCAAUGAGUUGGUAUACACACUUAAGGUACAUGUGUAAGAGGCUCAUUCAUAAUUACAUUUUGGGAACGAUUCAAGUUCUUAUGUAGUUGCAUUGCUUUAUACUUUCUGAAUGUCCCAUGAUUACAUUGGCUCAGGAUUUCAGUGUUUGAUCUAGGGAAGGGUUUGUACCAACACCUGACCAAUGAGGAAUUUGUCAGCAAAUGGCAGAAAACCAUGGCUAAAAAAGCCACCUCUAUUGGUCUGUCACCCCCCAACUGUAUUACCUGGGUUAUGAAGGCGCCCUAAAGAUGUUAAAGCAAAGAUUAUGGGAUAAUGCACACAGUGACUUGCGAUCUCAAUCACACGCAGUCUGUAGUCCGCUGGCAGUAGGAGAACAAUAUGGGCAUGUCUUUAAGUUAACAUCUUACAUUAAAAACCUGACAGUACCAAACUACCGAAGGCUUUUCACCAAAGCCAGACUAAAUGUCUUCCCCUCUGCAGUGUUGGAUGGUAGGUUGAGAGGAGUUCCCUACCAGGACAGACUUUGCUCGUGUGCUCAAGACAUCGAUUCCAUAAAACAUAUUUUGUUGCACUGUGCAAAAUAUGAGCAAGCCAGGGCUGAACUGAUAUUACCCUUGCUGGUACCUUUCCCAGGAAAAUCAGAGGCUCACUAUGUCAGGUUCCUAUUGGAAGACCGGACAAACGCUAGAACAUUAGCAGUGGCCAAGUUUUUGUCGGUGGUUGCAAGAACCAAUGAUCCCUAUAUUCUGAACAAAAUGCUUGUUUAAACUGGAGGUAGGCUGUAUGAAUUGUGUAUUGCUUUGUAACGAUUUAUUGGGUCUCUGGACCGUAAGAUUGAUGAUGAUGAUGACAUUAUAAAGUAGUUGUAUUCUGUGUUAUAAAUCGAGCACCGCUCUGGAGCGUCUCUUCCUGGGCUCCAGUGUAUUUAUUAUCAAUGAAAAAUUGGUGUGGUGCUGGUAAAUUUUUAUUCUGAAAGUGUGGCCCAGAGAAGAAGGCUUGGGAGCCACAGCUGUAGCAUGAACUAGCUGGGAGGCAGAGCAUGUGUGCACAUACCAUGGUGAGGGAGCAGGAAUUUUAUACUGCAAUAUGUAGAAGGAGGUGAGGCUUCUGCCACAGCAUGGAAAAAAUCUUGUGUAACAUGAGUCCGUGCCUUUAUUUCUUUAGGAUUCGUGGACUCCAGAGGAAUUGAUUCCUGAAAGCAUGAAGGAAAAACACAAGUAAGCACCAGAAGGUAGAGAGGCUGGGCUGAGGGGGAGCAAUAUUAAGUUGUAGCCUUUGCUUUUUUGCCGAACUUUUUAAUAGGGGAGAGUCUCAUGUCCUCCAUUUCUGCAAUUGAUGGCCUUUUUUGUGUUUGUUUGUUAAUCCAAGAGAAGAUCAAGAGAAGCAAAGGCUGAAAGCCCCAGAUAUGGAACAGCAGGAGCCAAGAGGUGAGUACCAGAAAACGACCUGACAUGCAGGGAGGAAAGGCUGAAUAGGCAACAAGACUUGGUCAUCCCCACCGACUCCCUGUGGUGGUUUGAGGGGAGUUGGGCAUUGGUGAGUGAAGCUUCCUCUGAACCUGGAGCUAAAGAGAAGAAGGAACCAACUCUGCCCCUUCUCCAGCUCCUAAGUUUAGCUGAAGCCUGGGAUUUGCGUGUCGAGACCCCCAUAGUUGAGAAAUAGCACACACAAGGACACGGAUAUUAGGUUAAUGUUAUUGGGCAAAUUUUGGCCACAACUUUAUUGAUUACAGAAUGUGAGCGGUAUUGGCUUAGGCACUGAAUGGACCCGACUAUAUCUGACUCCUGCCCGUCACGCUGGGAGUCCAGUAAGGGUCAACCACCGGAAAGGGGAGCCCCAUCGAUGCAAACCAACUCGAGCUCCCCCUGGUGUUCCUGUCGAGGUCGUGUCAUGGCUCUAGCCCCACCCCGGGCUUCGGACAAGAUCCACACCCCUGGAUUCCUUUAACGGAAUACCCUUAAGCCACACCUCACCCCCCCUUCACAAGGUCAAACAAUGCCUAACCGCAACCCUAGCAAAGUUGUGACCAUUGCUACGAGGUAGGCGAAAACCAAAUGGCCUGUGCCAAUUUGCCAAGUGGAAAAAUUCCUACCAGGCCCCUCAACAGCGACCAACCAAGGUCCAUAGCAAGGCCAAUGACGAAAACCUGCAAAAUAGGGAGGGAGGGUGGGCAAUUGAGGAAGCGAGCCAAAGAGGAAGCCCUCUGGCUCGCGCCUCUGCUUAAAUGGUCCCGGCCACACACCCCCAGCCAGCGGAUUGGCUGACUGGGCACUGACAUGGCCAGGAUCCCCCGGGCAAAGCGGGACUACGUCCCCUGCCCCCGGGGGAGAGUGGGUGGCCGCGUGGUGAACUAGAGGGGAGACGAAGGUGCAUGGCUUGAAGCAAGCCUCUCCCCGCAGUCCUCUUCCAAAUUGUUGGCGGUGGGGCCUUGUUUUCUCUCUUCCUCUUCCCCUGCAGGCUCCAAGUUUAGAGCUUCAGAAGGGGAGGGGGUCCUGGCAAAAUGAAAGUUUGGGUUUGCUUAUAACGCUAGCCAAAAAAUAUUGUUGAGACUCCUGUUCAAGUUUUAGAUUGAGCCUUGUAGCCUUUGGAAGAGCAGUGAAGAAUUUUGAACAAUCCACUGGUUUUAUCUUAAUUCGGCAUUUCUGCUCCCAGUGAAAAACAACUAACUUUGUCUGAAGCCGUGCUUGCAGCACAGGGUGGGGUGUUUUUUAUCGCUUGAAUUAAGUUGGCUCUGAAUUAAAUUGACUUUGGUGAAUUAGGUGAAGCUUUACGUUUUAAGGAUUUACCCUGGGUUUGAAAUACCAUUUUGUUUCGUGAUCCUUUCUUUUGUAAAUAUGUAAAUUGUGCAAAGGAUAGCUCAGCUGGUAGAGUGUGGGAUUGUUAAUCUCUGGGUCAUGGGUUUCAGCCCCAUGUUGGGCAAAAAGAUUUCUGCGUUGCAGAGGGUUGGACUAGAGGACCCUUGCGGUCUCACUGAGUCUCCCCCCCCCCCAAACACUCAGUCUCGUUGCACUCUGUGUGCUUGUCGCAAAACACACCAACCCCGAAAGUCAGUUGCACUAUAUUAUUUUCCAUUCAGCAGCCUAACUGCCCACGGAUAGAAACAGAUUCCAAACUCUAUGAUUCUGUGAAAUGACAGGGACCCAGUGCUGAAGCUUCCAAACUCAUGCUAAAUCAGAUCGACUCGGAGGUUGCUUAAGAGGCAAUAUGCUGAGAAAUCGGAAAGUACUAGGGAAUUAGGAGCUUAUUCACUAUAUUUAAGAGCAGCCCUGCUGGAUCAAGCCAAUUCAUCAUCAUCAUCAUCACUUUUAAUUUGUAUACCGUCUUUUUAUCUUACAAUACCCAAGGCGGUUUACAAGCUGAAGAAACAAAGAAUGUACACCGUAUAACAAUCUAAUGCAAUACAAAAAUAUGAUAAUAAAACAUAACUUUAAAAUACGCAACCGACAUCAAAUAAGUAACAUUCAACAUUCCUUAGAAUAGUAGAGAAUAAUAUUAAAUAUCAGCAUAUAAAAAUUAAACUGAAAUCCACUCUUAAAAAUUACAAUAAAUAAUUUCUAAACUACAAUCAAUAAAACAACGGCAAGCUACAGUGCAUAAAAUAAUACAAUACAAAUGGAGAAGCAGAGACUGGAGGGUGGGGCAAGGCAGGUGGAAUAAGGCUUUGCCUGAUGAAGUCUCUCCCAGUUGCCAUAUAGUCCAGCAUUCUGUCCCCACAGUAGCCAGCAAGAUGCCUCUGGGAAUCAGGACUGGAUCACAACAGCCGUCUCCCACUCAGGAUUUCGGCGGUUGGCAUACUGCAUCUGAUUACAGAGGCCGUGUAACCAUCACGGAGCAUAAAGCCAUUGACAGCCUCAUCCUCCAUGCAAACUUGUGUUGGGCCCAUAGCUGCUUUUGCAGAGCCAGGCAGCACCCUUGUGGUGGCAGUGUUUGCUUAUGCACAGGCCUUGCAGCGGCAGGGUUGCCUUAUGCACAUGUGUUGUACCCAUGCCAAAGCGCAUUCCCUCCCAGAAGGAGCGUGUUGCCCCCUUUCUGCGCAGCGCAGGGGCACGCGCUCCUCUGAUUUGAUGCUGUUCCUUUGGCCAUCUGCACAGCAGAUGGGAGUGAAAGUGAGGCCAGCGGUGGCUGCCCUGCCUGUGUGACCCAGGGAAUGGUGUUGCCAGAGAUGAGCAUUCGAACACCAUGUUUGUGCCUCCUUUUUGGACAACAGCUCCUCUACUUUCAGCUGGGACCGAAACUGUUGACUUGGAAUGGGAGACGUGUCUGGCUGGUGUCUUGUACCAUGCAUGUUCAUUGGUAGUAGCCCUUGACUAUAUCAACAAAGAUUUGUCAACGUAUUUGGUUCUUACGCCAAAGGUUAUGGCAAAUUUACAAGGCGAAAAUAAGCAAUAGCUGGAUUGCAAAUCACACACUGUUUGCUAGUGUACUAAAUGUGAAUAACGUAUACUAAGGAUCUAUCUGGAUGACAAAUCCUGAAUGUCUUUGAGCCUCCUAGUGGUCUUGCUCAUUGGUUUUACAUAAUUUUAUACUUUUUUUUUAGUUUAACCAUUUCCAAAUAUUAAAAUAAAAGGUUCUUUCAAACCUUCGGACCUCCUUCCCUCCCUCCAUGGGUUCCAUAUUCAAAGAAAAAUAUUUUGCGUCUUUUACCGUUAUCUAUCUGUUACAUAUCCGUAAUUACCAAAGUUCAUUUCACAUUACAAGUGUCAGUGUAUCCCUGCCAAUGAUUUUAACUGUUUACAGUGGUCUUUUAAAUAUAUUAAAAAAUUAUUCCAUAUAACCAUAUUAUUCCAUAUAUUCUCCCUACAUGUUUGGGAAGCAAGACAUAAAUGACUAGGGCCUGUAAGGAGAUCAGUUUCCUCCCUGUUUAUUUACAUCCCUUGGGCACAGCGGAAGGAUAGCAUUGCCUCAUGUGUGCAUUCCUAUACCGCCUUGCUCAUCUCCUUUCCCCAGAACCACUUGCUUUCGAGGGCAUCACCAUCACCAUGGACUCCCAGCAGCUCAAUGGCUCCCAGAGAGUUGUCUUGGACAGAGUCCUGACUGAAUCUGAAUGCAAAGACAUCCUCCGCCUGGCCAAGGUAAGGAGAGGUGCCAGCACCUGUCCUGCGUCACCCCCCGCCAGCAGCAGGCGAGGGAGCCAAGAGCAACCCUGCGUCCCUCACAUUGUUUCUCUAUGUUUCAGGCAGCUGGAGGAACAGAAGGCGGCUAUCGCGGCAGGCGUUCGCCUCACACUCCCCAUGAGAAAUUUGAAGGAUUAACAGUGUUAAAGGCUCUGCAGGUAAAUGUCUUUAUUAUUAUUUUUAAUUGAAUUUAUAUACUGCCCUAUACCCGGAGGUCUCGGGGGGGUUCACAGAAAAUAUCACAAUAUAUAAAAUGAAAAUAAAAACCCAAUAACACCCCCCCAAAAAAGAGCCACAUUUUAAAAGGGUAUAGGACAUGGGUAGGCAAACUAAGGCCCAGGGGCCGGAUCCAGCCCAAUCGCCCGCGGAUGUUCCGGGAAUCAGCCCAUUUUUACAUGAGUAGAAUGUGCCCUUUUAUUUAAAAUGCAUCUCUGGGUUAUUUGUGGGUCAUAGGAAUUGGUUCGGUUUUUCCCUUCAAAAUAUCGUCCGGCCCCCCACAAGGUCUGAGGGACAGUGGACCGGCCCCCUGCUGAAAAAGUUUGCUGACCCUUGGUGUAGGAUGUCAAGCAGGUCAACCAAAGCCCUGGUUAAAAAGGCACAUUUUUGCCUGGCGCCUAAUGGUAUAAAAUGAAGGCACCUGGCGAACUUCCCUGGGGAGAGAAGAGAAGGCCUGUUCUCGUGUUGCCACCCUCUGGAUCUUGAGUUAUUGCGGUCCUGAGCUGUUUAAGGCUUUAUAGGUCAAAACCAGCAUUUUGAAUUGGGCCUGGAAACUACUUAGUAGCCAGUGCAGUCGAACCAGGAUUGGUGUAAUAUGCUCAGACCAUCUUGCUCCGGUGAGCAACCUGGCCACUGAAUUCUGCGCUAGCUGAAGUUUCUGAAGCAUCUUCAGAGGCAGCCCUACAUAUAACGCAUUGCAGUAAUCUAAUCUUGAAGUUACCAGAGCAUAAAGGUAAAGGUAAAGGGACCCCUGACCAUUAGGUCCAGUCAUGACCGACUCUGGGGUUGUGGCGCUCAUCUCGCUUUAUUGGCCGAGGGAGCCGGCGUGCAGCUUCCGGGUCAUGUGGCCAGCAUGACUAAGCCGCUUCUGGUGAACCAGAGCAGCGCAUGGAAACGCCGUUUACUUUCCCGCCAGAGCGGUACCUAUUUAUCUACUUGCACUUUGACGUGCUUUCAAACUGCUAGGUUGGCAGGAGCAGGGACCGAGCAACGGGAGCUCACCCCAUCGCGGGGAUUCGAACUGCCGACCUUCUGAUGGGCAAGCCCUAGGCUCUGUGGUUUAACCCACAGCGCCACCUGCGUCCCAGAGCAUAGACAACAGUAGUUAGGCAAUCCCUCUUGAGAUAGGGGCGUAACUGGGCCACCUGCUGCAGCUGAUGGAAGGCACUCUGGGGGGCUUUAGAAGGCGCAAGCUCCUAGUUCUAGGUGUAGGUUUUUUCUUUGCAUCUUCUCUGAAGCUAGAUAGAAAGCAGAGGUGUGAGAACUUUAAGCCAGAGUACACUGUCAAGUUGAAAUAGCAAAGAAGUUGUAAACAAGUACAUUUUUAAUUGGAGUUGAACAGUAUAUGCGAGGCAAUGUUGCCUGCUGUGUGUUUAUCUACAUGCAUGCGUAAAGACACACUCAUGCAUGUACAAACACACUUUCCUCCUCCUGUGGUUAGAAAUGACUGUGAAACAUUCCCGUUGCUUCUUCUAGGGAAGGCAUGUCCAAAGUCUGUUUCAGGGGCCUAAUCCGACCCACUGGUUGAUUUAAUCCUGCCCCCGUGGCAGUAUACCGUAUUUUUCACCCUAUAGGACGCAUUUCCCCCCUCCAAAAAUGAAGGGGAAAUGUGUGUGCGUCCUAUGGGGCGAAUGCAGGCUUAGCUGAAGCCUGGAGCGCGAGGGGUCGGGGCGCACCGACCCCUCUUGCUCUCCAGGCUUCAGGAAGCUAUCCGCAAGCCUGGGGAGACCGGCGGCAGUUCCCGCGGGCUCCCAAGGCUUGCGGAUAGCAGCCUGUUCUGGGGGCUGGGGUCGGGGGAAGCUCGGGCUUCCCCCGCCCCAGCCCCGCGCCUGGGGCAGAAAUAAUAUUUUUUUCUUUAUUUCCCCGCAAAAAACACUAGGUGCGCCCUAUGGGCCGGUGCGCCUUAUAGGGCGAAAAAUACGGUAUGUCCUCAACAACUUUGGUCAGCCCUCACGCAUGUUCACUUCAUCAAAUCUGGCCCUCUUUGAAAAAAGUUUGGGCACCCCUGUUCUAAGGUAAAAAAAUUUCAGGAGGGAAGAGUUUUCAUCUGAGAAGUGGCAAGGGAGUGUUUAACCUUUUCCUUGACCCAGUGCUUCUCCAGAUAAAAACAUUCCUGUAAGGAUUAUUUUCCCCUACAGGGUUUCAGAUGUGUACAUACAAACAUGUAUGUAAGGCCCCAUGUGAGACAAACGGCUUGGGGGAGUGUGAUUUUUAGCAAAGAAGUGGUUGGCGCAGAAAGGGCUCAGCACACGCAGAUGGGCUUCUUCUCUCCAAACAAUCUCUUCCUGAAGCUGCUUUGCCUUCCAAAAAAAAAAAAAAAAAACAACCAUUGGGUUCUCUGAAACGAAUUUGCAUGUAAUGUAUAGUUUUGCCUUUAUGUAGCCUUCAUAGCCUGUGAUGUAUGCGUUUAUUCAUGUUCUCUGGCAAAGAGUUUCUGCAGGAUUUUGAAGCACAAGAAUGACUUUUUUGUUUGUUUUUCAUUUAUUCAAAAAACAAGUAAUUUAGAAACAUUAUUGUACACAGCAUCAUGCUGCAGGCUUAGCCCAUAAGAUACUCUCCAUCAUAGAAUUGUAAAGUCAGAAGGGAUCACGAGGGUGAUCUAGUCCAACUCCCAGCAAUGCAGGGAUAUUUUGCCCAACAUGGGGCUCAAACCUACAACCCUGAGAUCCAGAGUAUCAGGCUAUACCAGCUGAGCUAUAUCCCAUAUACCUCUCCUCCUUCGUACCACCUAAGAACCAUAUCAUUAUUAGUCUUGCUGCUGCUAAGGAUCAUAACAUUUCAAUGUGCCUGCAGAUAAGAUUAUAAAGGUAAAGGGUAAAGGAACCCCUGACCAUUAGGUCCAGUCGUGGCCGACUCUGGGGUUGCGGCGCUCAUCUCGCUUUAUUGGCUGAGGGAGCCGGCGUACAGCUUCCGGGUCAUGUGGCUAGCAUGACUAAGCCACUUCUGGCGAACCAGAAAAGUGCACGGAAACGCCGUUUACCUUCCCGCCGGAGUGGUACCUAUUUAUCUACUUGCACUUUGACGUGCUUUCGAGCUGUUAGGUUGGCAGGAGCUGGGACCAAGCAAUGGGAGCUCACCCCGUCGCGGGGAUUCGAACCGCAGACCUUCUGAUCGGCAAGUCCUAGGCUCUGUGGUUUAAUCCACAGCACCACCCGCAUCCCUAGAUAAGAUUAUACUUUUCUUUUAAAAAGUGCUUUCUAAAUACAUUCAUAUGGUGACAUUUUCCCCGGUCCUCCCACCCAUCAUUCCAAAAGGAAUGAGUCUCCUCCAUGGGCAACGAUGUGACUCUCAUCCCGCCUUCAGUUUGGUGGGGAAACUGCUGUCCUCUAGCUUCUGACAAGUUGGCAGACCUCGUAUCAUGCACUACAUGCUUGUCCUAUAAGUGACAAAUAUUUUGCCCAAGACCAGCUUGCAAAACAAAGCCUUACAGGGACCAUACAGGUGGGGGUGGGACCCAAAUAUCUAAGGAUUUUCAUUGCUGGAUUGUAUUUAGAGACAUCACCAUCAGGAAUGAUAAAUGUGAGGGUAAUAGAAGCCCUGAGAAAAACACUGAGGCCAUAUUAUGAGCAUGGGUGGAGUCUUGACGAAGAGGAUCCUAUUGUGAAACAUUUGAGAAGAGGACAAAAAGAUGGAAUGCAAAAGAUUUGUGUAGACUGCUUGCUGAGGAAAUAGAGGAGGCCUGGAAGAGAGCCAGUGUGGUGUAGUGGUUAAGAGCGGUAGUCUCGUAAUCUGGGGAACCGGGUUCGCGUCUCCGCUCCUCCACAUGCAGCUGCUGGGUGACCUUGGGCCAGUCACACUUCUUGAAGUCUCUCAGCCCCACUCACCUCACAGAGUGUUUGUUGUGGGGGAGGAAGGGAAAGGAGAAUGUUAGCCGCUUUGAGACUCCUUAAAGGGAGUGAAAGGCGGGAUAUCAAAUCCAAACUCUUCUCUUCUUCUUCUUCCAAGGAUUUCUUCCCAAGGUGUUUCUUAAGGUAUGUUUCAGCCUUAGGCUGAUGUGAUUAUCUCAUGCCAGUGAAUAUUUCCAGCUUUCUUCCUUUCUCCCACCCUCGCUUGCUUGUGUUCUCUCUUUAUAAGCAUUUCUUUUAUCAGAUAUCCUUUAUUAGGCAUAGCAAACCACACAUUAUCAAACAGACACCGUAUACAAAUUUUGCAAAAUAUGAGCUCAGCAUAACAAGGUUUGUCCCAGUCAGAUCUUUAACUCCAGAGGAAAUCAAUUUGCAUAAAUAAUACAAUACACCACUACCACAUCACCAAUCAAUUAAGAACCACUAAAUCUCUUUAUAAUGGCCCAGUCUUUCUACAUGGACAGCACUCAAAAAUUCAGCCACUAUUAGAGUAAUUUGAUCAUUCCUGUCCGAGAGCAGGUCCUGAACCGUCGGUAGUGUAGAAUUGAGCCUAUUGAGUUGUAAGGCCUCCAAUAAUUGUCUUCUGGCAUAAAUGCCAAAAUCACAAGAAAAGAAAAUAUGCUAUGAGCAUUUCUGCUUCAGGCCCCAUUUCUUGAAUUCCACCAGUGCGAGACCCCUUCCUCCAUACUUCCUCCUCUCUGCAGUCAUGGAGGGUGCCCCAUUGCAACAGAGGACAAGCCUCCUGUGCUAUGGAGAGUUGUGCAGAUGAAGGAAUUUGGGCAGGUGCAGAUUGCCAUGCAACACAUACCUUGAUGCAGGCAAGGAAAGGCAGCCAAGGGGACCAGGGAGGAAGCAGCCAUACCAUUUCCUUCUCUCACUUCAUUGAUGCUUUGAAAGGUAAACACAUAUUACCCUGGCAGCUCCAACAAACAAGACAAGCUGCACCAAUUUUCAUUCCCUCCUCUCCCCAAUUGUUACAUGUGCAGAAGCCCCUCUCCUGCAUUUUGAUAAGGAAACUGCUGCAUAUUCUGGCAAUUGUUGUCUGUACCCUUUUUUUCUCUUUCACAUGUGUGCCUGGAGCUUCACGCAAAUUCAGGACACUUCCGUAAGUGAGGGUUUCUGCAAUGGCUUUUUGUCUUCUAGCUGGCUGAGGAGAGCACUGUGAACUGGAGGGAUGCUAAGCUUCUCUUGCAAGCCAGUGAGAAAUCCCGGAAAAUUGUGGAAUCCUAUUUCACCCCUGGCAAAGAACUCUAUUUUUCAUUCACACAUCUUGUGUGUCGCACGGCUGCCGAGGGUAAGGAACUUUGCCUCUUCUCAUCGGCACAAUGUUCCACACUGAACAAGAGCGUUUCUACAUUGUUAGUUGGAAAUACGACCCAGCUGAUGAAUUUACUGCUUCAAAACAAUAGAAGUGAUGUGAAAUAUACUCGGAGUCAAGUGUGGAUUUCAUAUUCUUUAUUCAGCUCAUAGUAGUGAGGAAUGAAAGUUUCCCCAAAAUAUCUGCUUUAUAUACAUUAUUUACACAAUGGGCUGCACGUGAUUGGCUAAUUCUGGGAUUCUCCUGUAGGCCAAUCAGGUUGUGGAUUCACUUCUAUCUGGAGCUGGAUUGGGUGGCUCCUGCAGACCAAUCAGACUGCUGCAUUCUGAAUCCUAUUGUUCUAGGACCAAUCAGACUGCUGCAUUUUGGAUCCUAUUGUUCUAGGAUCAAUCAGACUGCUGCAUUUUGGAUCCUAUUCAACUCAGUACAUAACACCAUGCAAACAAUUCAUUUGAAAGGCAGAGUAAAAGCCUUGGCUAUGCUACUAUCAUCUAAUAAGGAGUGAACAUCAGCACUGAAUCUUACAUUUGUGAAUAUUCAACAUAUGCCAAAGUUUGAAAUUUUUCUGUUUGCAAAAUUCACACCAAAAUUCGUAGAAUUGUAGUAUUGAAAGGGACACUGAGAAUCAUCUAGUCCAUCCCCUGCAAUGCAGGAAUAUGUAGCGGUCCCAUAUGGGGAUUGAACCUGCAACCUUGGCCUUAUCAGCACCACACUCUGACCAGCUGAGAUUCUGGAGCUGCUUGCUCCCAGAUACAAAUUAUCAAGAGUAUCAAACAUGAAAUGUCAUCAGCUGAACUCCCUCAAAUAUACCCGUCGCAAUCCAGCAAGAGAGUUCCACAUACAUAAAGUAGUCUUGUUAUACGUGACUAGUUGCCCAUGAGUAGUUGGAUCGUAGCCUAAUUAUCAAUGCAUACUAACUAUAAAAUACAAUCUGAGGGCCUUCUGGUGGUUCCCUCACUGCGAGAAGUGGGGUUACAAGGAACCAGGCAGAGGGCCUUCUCAGUAGUGGCGCCCGCCCUGUGGAACACCAUACCAUCAGAUGUCAAAGAAGUAAACAACUAUCUUACGUUUAAAAGACAUCUGAAGGCAGCCCUGUUUAGGGAAGUUUUUAAUGUUUGAUGUUUUAUUGUGUUUUUGAUAUUCUGUUGGGAGCCGCCCAGAGUGGCUGGGGAAACCCAGCCAGAUGGGUGGGGUAUAAAUAAAAAAUUAUUAUUAUUAAAUAAAAAUGCUGGGAUGGCAGAUAUCAAAUAUUUUAUGAACAUUUAUUUCAUUAUAUUUAUUUAUUUCAUUACACUUAAUUAUUUCAUCCUGUCCUUCCCAACAGGAUGUGUCUAUUCCCCUCCAACAUUUUUCCUUGCAUUCUUCAACAUUUUCUCCUGGUGUCAGAAACAAGGCAUUUUAUGGUUUUCAUUGGUGUUGUUUAGGAGAGCAGGAAAGUCGUAUGGACCUCAGCCACCCAGUCCAUGCUGACAAUUGUCUCUUGGACCCCGAGGGCAGCACAUGUUGGAGGGAGCCUCCUGCCUACAUAUACAGAGACUACAGGUGAGGCACGGAGGGGGAAGACUGAUAUAUAUGUCUUUUAAAGAGCCACAUGUACGUUCAUUUAUACACAAUCCAGAUGAAGGCGAUAUAUUUAUUAGGCCAUCCAAAAUGUCGCAAAAUAGUGCGAAAGCUUUUGAGGACAUGUUCAUCAGGCUAGAUCGGGGUUUCCUAAACUUGGGUCUCCAGCUGUUUUUGGACCACAACUCCCAUCAUCCCUAGCUAGCAGGACCAGCAGUCAGGGAUGAUGGGAAUUGCUUAAUUUUUCUAGUAGGGCUGUUUCCCAUACUAUUUGGUACCAUUGGUCCAUGCUUACUCCUGACAGGUCUCUCCAGUGUCUGGUUAUGGUGUUUCUGGCUGCUGAAAGUAGGUGGGUUAUGAGUUCUUUGUGGUGUAAGUGGGCAUUGUUGUCUUGGAAGAUGCUUAGUAGGGCCAAUUCUGGGGUGAUGUCUAAUACUUGCUUAGUUAUUUUACAUAUUUAUCGUGUGGCUGUUGACCAGAAUAGUUGGAUUUUGGGGCACUCCCACCACAUGUGGAGGUAUGUGCCUGUGGAGGUGCACCCUCUCCAGCAUUUUGGUGAGGUUCCUGGGCGUAUUAGCGCUAGUUUCCUUGGUGUUAGGUACCACCUGUAGGUGAGUUUCAAAGUGAGUUCUUUUCUUUUCGUUGAUAUGGAUUUAAAGGGGGGUUUAGACCACAUUCUGGUCCAAGGGAUGAUGGGAAUUGUAGUCCAAAAACAGUUGGAGACCCAAGUUUGGGAAACCCCAGGCUAGAUGGUAAACAAAGCAAGCAGGGGGAAGAAGAAAAAAAGAUGGGUGGUGGUAAAGUUGGGACUCUGCGUCUUGUAAGAGUGUUAAUGAGAGGUGUUUUCAGGUGCUCAAAUGAGGCCUUGAAGAACCCAAAAGCUUGCACACCCUUUUGUGCCAUUUUGGUGGUUUGGUUGACAUUUUAGAUGGUCUAGGAAAAAGUACUGUCUUCAUAAUGAAUUUCAAAAGGUUUCUUAUGGGCCAACAUGGCUGCCUUUUGUGUUGACUCUCCGUUCUUUGCUUCGGUUUAAAACAACAGCCCAGGAAAUAUUUCGGAAAGAGUUAAAGAACUUGCUCUGGAGUUUUGUUGAUGUUGCAAAUGCCAAUCAAGCGGGCACGUGUAACAACACAAAUCCUCACCCGUGGGGUGCGAGUCUCUGUGGCAACGUUCAUGUCCAACGAGUGAAGGACCUUGGAGCAAAUCCCAGCUACCCAUAACUCUGCCUGUCUCCCGUUUCUCUGCAGUGCAAUCCUCUACCUGAAUGAUGACUUCCAGGGGGGAAACCUCUUUUUCACUGAGAUGGAUGCUGUGACUGUUACAGUGAGUCUGGGCCCACGGCUUGGGGGGGUGAGGGAAUGGCUGAGAAGGAAGAACAGCUGUAGCUGGGAUCCUCCCCCUCCCCUCCAACAGAACCUGUCCUUGGCAACAGCAGCAGAUUCAAAUUGGGCAGUCAAAGGCAAAUUCAGUCAAAUUUCACCCUGGAACAGGCAUUAACUCCUUGUCGACUGGUAUGCCUAGCUCUUCUGCUAGUUGCUGCGUUCCUUUCACCUUUCUGUCCCUUUUCAGUCCUGCAUGGUGCAAUUCGCUCCAGAGCAGGGGGACCAAGAUCCCAUCAACAGCUCAGAAAGUUGCCAUCCAACUUGGCGCCCCAAGAAGAAGGCGAGUUGGAGAAGGGGAAACGGAUGGGCUCAUGGCAAAGCCAUCGAUUCACACCAGUCUCCCUCUUUCUCUUUCUGUGUGGCAGGCUGAGGUGCGCCCUAAAUGUGGAAGGCUGGUGGCCUUCAGCUCUGGCGGGGAGAACCCUCACGGCGUGUGGGCUGUGACCCGUGGGAGGCGCUGUGCCAUUGCCCUCUGGUACACCCUCUUCCCAGAGCAUGCGGAGCAGGUAACGCAAAGCAAAGAAGAGCUGGAGGAUGUAGGGAUGAGGGAGCCAAUGGGCAUUGUCCAAAGGCAUAUAUACUUAAGUAAAAUGGGGGCUGGGUUGGGGGUGAGAUGAAGUGUUGGUGCUGACCUUUAAAGCCCUAAAUGGCCUCUGUCCAGUAUACCUGAAGGAAUGUCUCUACCCCCAUCGUUCUGCCUGGACUCUGAGGUCCAGCUCCAAGGGCCUUCUGGUGGUUCCCUCAUUGCGAGAAGCAAAGCUACAGGGAACCAGGCAGAGGGCCUUCUCGGUGGUGACGCCCGCCCUGUGGAACGCCCUCCCACCAGAUGUCAAAGAGAUAAACAACUACCUGACAUUUAGAAGACAUCUGAAGGCAGCCCUGUUCAGGGAAGUUUUUAAUGUGUGACAUUUUAAUGUAUUUUUAAUCUUUGUUGGAAGCCGCCCAGAGUGGCUGGGGAAACCCAGCCAGAUGGGCAGGGUACAAAUAAUAAAUUAUUGUUAUUAUUAUUCGCUUAUGCGGCGCAUCCAAGCAGCAAGUGGUAGAAUUUAAUGCAUACACAUCCUGUGGACUUCCGGAGGAGGAAAUACCACUUUCUUUAUUUUAUUUGAUUUAUUGUAUUUCUGUGCUGCUUUUCAUUCAAAUGAAUCCCAAAGCGGCUUACAAACAAGAAAUAACAACAUGAUAAGCCAUAAUAGAACAUCGCAAAUACAGCAUAAAUCAUACAAUUAACAAAUCAUCAAUAAAACGAUUACAAUCUAUAAAACAACAACUGAAAAAUAAAAUAAACAUUGCAAUUACAACAAAAGUCAAAUGAUUAACAAAUCAAUAUGGCAUAAUCUAUAAAACAAUAUUGACAACUUAAAAAAAGCAACUUUAAAAAAGCUAAGCACUGUUAGGCUCAUACACACUCUCAUAAUUCAUAAUUUUUCACUCUACAGUGGUACCUCGGGUUAAGUACUUAAUUCGUUCCAGAGGUCUGUUCUUAACCUGAAACUGUUCUUAACCUGAAGCACCACUUUAGCUAAUGGGGCCUCCUGCUGCUGCGCCACCAGAACACGAUUUCUGUUCUUAUCCUGAAGCAAAGUUCUUGACCUGAAGCGCUAUUUCUGGGUUAGUGGAGUGUGUAACCUGAAGCGUAUGUAACCUGAGGUACCACUGUAUUUGGUUCAUUAAAAUAAAUAUAAAAUACACAUAAUGCAUGUUAUUAAGCUAGCUCAACCCUUCAGCAAGGAGACCGUCAACUAACAAAGUGCUGCUCUUCAAGACUCCUUCCGCCUUUCUAACUAGGCACACCAACUCUAGGGGGCCGAGGUGUCUUCGGCCCCCUUGAUACUGGUUUGAAAGGGGCCCGGUGCAUGUUGUGGAAGGCUGCGCUGGCACUGCGUGGCAUCAGGAGAUGCCACAGGGACUAGCGCAGCCUGGGAUAAGGUCACACCAGCCUGCACGGUGUUGAGAGAUGCUGUGGGAACCAGCGCAGCCUAAUGGAAGGCCGCACCAGCCUGCGUGGUGUUGAGAGAUGCACAUGACGUCACACGAUGUGUGGCCGGCCUCCUCAGUCUUGGGGAUGACCUGGCUCCUCCGUUUCCAACACAUACGGUCUUCUCACUCUCUUCUUGUAGGAACGGGCCCGGGCAGAAGAGCUGAUGAGGCAGAAGGAGGCAGAACAGGAGCAGUCGCAUUCAGAGGAGGAGGAGCAUGGAGGUGCUGAACCCAGUGGCGCAGACUCCCCCGAGCCCCCAACUCCAAAGGGAAGAGCUAGGUCGACUAGCCAAAGGACCAGGUCAAACUCAGACUCUGGGAUACAGUCCACGAGGCUGCGAGCCAGAGAUGAAUUCUGAGCAUGUUGGACAUGCAGAAGCCUUUCAGAUUUUGUAGCAGCUCGUGGCAAGUGAAUGACUUGGGAGUUUUUGCCCUGUGCCAGGCAUUGUGGCAAGGCGGCUUUGGUUCUCCAUGUGGCACUACCAGAAAUGACAUCAAAAGGUGGCUUGGACCAUGCCCACCCAAGUUAGCCGGAGAAUCGUUUUGUCCCCACUGGGAUGCCUGUGAACCAGGAAUAAACCCUGCUACAACUCUGUCAUCUCAGCUAUAGCCUCUCAUCUCUACACAGGAGUAAUAGGACUGUUGUAAUGAUGACUGAGAUAAAGUGCUUUGACCAUUCUGAAGUGCUAUAUAAAUGUUGAAUAUCAUUCUUCUACCAGCCCCGUUUUUCACAUAGUUAUAUGAAGGAAUUAAAAAACAGGAGGAGGGCACCAUCAGAAAUGGAUGGGUCUGAUAAAUUUUGUUGUGAUGGAAAUGUACACUUGUGGAAGCAGCUAGGCCAGAGCAGGAAUCUGUGGUGGGCAAGUUAAGA